ACUCUUUCAGACUCACCCAACCGGCUGCUAACUUCCUCUAUGAAGAGAGUAAGGCUGCACUCCAUUUCGCGAUGGCCUCCCUUGCCACAGAAAAUGCAGAAUUUUGCUUCAACCUGUUCCGAGACUUGGAUAGCAAUCAUGCAGAUGGCAACGUCUUCUUCUCCUCUCUGAGUAUCCUCACUGCCCUGGCCAUGAUCCGCUUGGGAGCGCGGGGUGAUGGUGCUUCUCAGCUUGAUAAGGUGCUUCACUUCAACGCUGUCUCAGGACAUGGAAACUCCUCUAAUGCUCAGGACUAUAUCGAGUGUGCCGAAAAAUUAUACAAUGCCAAAGUGGAACCUGUUGACUUUACAAAUGCUUUAGGAGAAACCAGCCGUGACAUUAAUAAAUGGAUCGAAAAUAAGACCAAUGGCAAAAUCAAGAACGUCGUUCUUGAAAGCAGCAUAAGCUCAUCCGCCGUGAUGUUGCUGGUGAAUGCUGUAUACUUCAAGGGCAAGUGGGAGUCAGCCUUCAUCAAGAAAGAAACCAUAAAUUGCCGUUUCAAAUCUCCCAAGUGUCCCGGGAAACCAGUCGCCCUGAUGUAUCAAGAACGAAAGUUCAAUUUGUCUGUCAUUCAGGACCCAUAUAUGCAAAUUCUCGAACUCAAAUAUCAUGGUGGCAUAAGCAUGUAUGUGAUGCUGCCUGAGAGUGACCUCUCCCAGAUUGAAAACAAACUGACUUUUCAGAAUCUAAUGAAUUGGACCAAUCCAAGAAAAAUGAGCGCUCAGUACGUCAAGGUGUUUCUUCCCCAGUUCAAGAUAGAGAAGAAUUAUGAAAUCAAGCGCAAUUUAAAAGCUCUCGGGCUGAAAGACAUCUUUUCUGAGUCCAGAGCAGAUUUCUCCGGCAUAGCUUCAGGAGGUCGUCUGUACCUGUCGAAACUGAUGCACAAGUCAUACAUAGAGGUUACCGAGGACGGUACGGAGGCGGCGGCCAUCUCAGAGAGUAACGUCGUAGAGAAGCUGCUCCCCGAAUCGACGGUGUUCAGAGCUGACCACCCGUUCGUAUUUGUCAUCAGGAAGAAUGACAUCAUCUUGUUCAGUGGCAAAGUCUCUUGCCCUUGA